AUGGACUCAAGCAACGCCCCUUCUGCAAUCGAGAAUCCCGGUGCUCUGCCACCUAAACCACUACUGCCCCCUUCGCAACAUGAACUGCCAGAGCUACAGGACUUUGAUCCUGACAACACCGGACCAGCCACUGGGACGCGCGGUCCUGAUCCUUUAGAAGAUCAUCCUUUCGCACCACCACCAACCCCAGCCCUGGAUCCACAGCAGAGGGAACUGCCAAAUCUGCCCGAGCUUGAUCUGAACAUGUUGGAUAAGUCUUACGAGACUGAACAGGUUGUCUACCUUCCCGAUAUGACAGAGAGCGAUUUUGAGUUCUUCGACAUGCUACAGGAAGUGAUUUCGCUUCUUGAUAAUGAUGGGGCUAUUGAGGAUGGUCGAUAA